AUGGACCGAUCCCGGCGAUGGAGAGCUGUGCGGGAGCUGCUGUGCAGCUUUUACGCGGAAGUGCUGCCGCUGGAAGUCUUUGUGCGGCGCUUGCAGAUGCACACUCUUGCACAGGGCCAGCCGCAGCCUCUCGUGCAGGACGGGGAUCCCGGGAGUUACUGUAGCCUGGUCGCCCAGUGCCUGGUGGGGCGGCUGGCUGAGUGCAAGGCCCUCCCUACCUACUUCGGCGUCCAGCAGGUUUCCUGUCAGGAUGAUGUCCUUGCACGAAUCAUUCAUAGAAUUUGUCAAAAGAAGAAAAAGAAUGUGUUGGCAUUUGGUUAUAGCCUAUUGAAUGAAAGUAAUUAUAUACCAAAUAUCCAUAGCUACAUGCUUAAUUGUUCAACAGAAACUAUUCGACAGAAUGUGCUCUGGGAGAUCAUUCUAAACAGAGUUGGGGAUGAUGUCAUGAUGUAUUUAUUAGAGCACUGUGCUCUCUUUCUCGUUGUGCCUCCUAGCUGCUGUUACCAAAUUUGUGGAGAGCCCAUCUAUGACCUUCCUUCAAGAUAUGCAACACGGCCUCCAAAGUUUCUUAGACAGAAGAUUCAUGGGCCUUCACCUUGUAUCCUAACAACUUAUCUCCACAAAAGGUUUCAGUCUUGUAGGUGGUAUCCCAGAAAAACAGAGCGGAAGAAAUCGAAUUCUGAAAGGGAGAAAUGGAACAAAACGCAACAACACAACAAUCAAUCGUCUUCGGUAGCUCAGAGUGCUCCUGGCCAAAAUCCUACAAAGAAAAAGCAAAUUAUGACAACCAGUGAACACAUAGAAAAGCAACAAAAGCCCUCUCUUAGCCCAUCAUUAAGAACACAGUGUUUAAAAAGAAAGCGGACAGGCCAGUGUGAUACAAUUAAUGUCAAGAAAAUAAAAACCAUGAUAAAUGAGGACAAUGUAGGAAAAAAAACAAGAAACCCAGAUUCUAGAAAAGAACAAAAUCAGCUGAUUUUAGAUUGUGAUAAACCUGAGACUUCUACGGAAUGUAUACAAUCAUGUUCAAAAGGAUUAACUCUUAUGAACUCUGUUCCUCAGAAUGGUGGGGUACAAAUAUCUGGGGAACCUAGUGCAACUAAUGACAAUCAAAGGGCUUUGAUAUGUGGAAAGCAAGAUAGUAUAAGUAAAACACUCAGUGAAUCCAAUCUGCAGCCAACAUGCAAUGCUAAACUGCCAAAGCUGGUAACUGGAACCUCUGAUAUUAGUUCAGUCCGACUGGGGCUUGCAAAAACGGUUUUACCAAAAAAAGACCUUGGAAUUUGCUCAUCUAAAUCUGUCAAGAAGUCUUACAGUAGCAUUCCUGUAGCGCACAUUGAGAGACAUUCUCUCUUAUAUUCCUACCAGCGUUUGAAAGAGUGUUUACCUAAGUCGUUUGUAUUAAACCACUUGAAGGGCAAUCCAAGAGGAGGACAAUGCUUAGUAGAACAAGUAUUCUUUAGCAGUAAGAUUCUGAAGCAGCCUGGCAGUCCCAGCGUUCAAAAUGGUCCCAAGAAAAAGAAGAGGGUUCCGAAACGCUAUUGGCAGAUGAGAAGGGUGUUCCAAGAACUCUUACGGAACCAUGCAAAGUGUCCCUAUCAAGCAAUAUUAAAAAGGAAUUGUCCCAUUUCAGUUUCUGAACCAGACAAGAUAAGCCUAGGAGAGCAGCGUUUCAAACAAAAUGGUCCCCAAGGAGAAAUUUCACCAGAGAGGCAGCAGGGUAAUCCAGUAAAAGGUUGCAUGGCAAGCAGCUCAGGUGCCUUGAACCCAUUUUCAGAAACCGGUGCUUCAAGCAGAAGCUCUGAAAGAAUGGAGUUGUUUGAAAAAAAAGAUAAGGAACAAGAUUCCUCCAGUUCUGAUUUCAUAACGUUGUUGAAGCAGUAUAGCAGUCACUGGCAAGUAUAUACUUUUGUGAGGGGAUGCUUAGAGAGAGUGGUGCCUCCUGCGCUUUGGGGUUCAAACCACAACAAGUGCCGCUUCUACAGAAAUGUGAAGAAGUUUAUCUCCUUGGGGAAAUUUGCCGCGUUUUCUUUGGAGGAAUUGACAUGGAAAAUGAGAGUCAAUGAUUGUGCUUGGCUUCGUCUCACCAAAGAAAGUGGCCAUUCUGUUCCUGCCUCUGAACAUCGCUUUCGGGAGGAGCUGAUGUCUAAAUUCCUGUACUGGCUGAUGGACUGCUAUGUUUCAGAGCUGCUCCGGUCUUUCUUCUAUAUCACAGAGACAGCAUUUCAAAAAAAUUUACUUUUUUUCUUCCGAAAAGCUGUUUGGAGCAAACUACAGAUCAUUGGAAUCAGGAACCAUCUGGCCAAAGUGCAGCUUCAGCCUUUAUUAGAGAAAGAUAUUGAACUUUUGCAGCAGAGAAAAUACGUUCCUGUGGCAUCAAAACUCCGAUUCAUCCCCAAACCAAAUGGGUUGAGGCCUGUGGUCAAACAGCAUGGUGUGGUUGGAACAGAAACAUUUUGCAAAAACAGUGGAGACAAAAAGGGUCCACAUUUCAAUGUGCAACUUAAAAAUGUAUUUAGUGUUCUUAAUUAUGAACGACUGAAGAACCCUGCUAUACUUGGCUCAACUGUGUUUGGAAAGGAUGACAUUUAUAUAAUAUGGAAGAAGUUUGUUUCAAAGGUUUUGGAACUAUAUGCUGAAAUGCCUAAAUUCUACUUUGUGAAGGCUGAUGUCACAGGCGCCUACGACACUCUUCCCCAUGAUAAACUGGUAGAAGUGGUUUUACAGGUUCUUGAACCAGCCAGGAAUACCACUUACAGCAUACGACGCUAUGCAGCAAUCAUGAGGACUGGAAAUGGAUAUAUUAAAAAACAUUAUAAAAGACAUGUCUCAACUUACAAUGAGUUUAUAUAUGGAAUGAAAGAGUUUGUAUCUCAUCUUCAACAGAGCACUUCGCUGAGAAAUGCUGUAAUUGUUGAACAGAGAGUUUCUCUGAAGGAAAGCUGUUCUAGCCUCCGUGAGUUUUUCUUGCAGUUGAUCCAUAAUAAUAUCCUGAAGAUUGAGGACAGGUACUAUGUGCAGCGCUGUGGAAUUCCCCAGGGCUCCAUUUUAUCAACUCUGCUUUGCAACCUUUGCUAUGGAGACAUGGAGAAUAAGUUACUGUGCGAUGUGCAAAAGGACGGAGUACUGAUGCGUUUAACAGAUGAUUUUCUGCUUGUUACACCUCAUUUAGAACAAGCAAAAACAUUUCUGAGGACUCUAGCCAAAGGCAUUCCAGAGUAUGGCUUUGUUAUAAAUCCGUCUAAGACUGUAGUGAAUUUUCCAAUGGAUGAAAAUGUUCCAGGUUGCUUGGAGUUCAAACAAUUACCAACUUACUGUGUUAUCCCAUGGUGUGGAUUAUUAAUUAAUACACAGACUCUUGAAAUUUACUGUGAUUACUCCAGUUAUGCUUAUACAUCUAUCAGGUCUAGCCUGUCUUUCAACUCUACUAGAAAAGCUGGUGUGAACAUGAGAAACAAAUUGCUUGCAGUCCUGCAGCUAAAAUGUCAUUCUUUAUUUAUAGAUUUACAGAUCAAUUGUCUUAAGACAGUAUGCAUUAAUAUUUACAAGAUACUGCUUCUGCAGGCUUACAGAUUUCAUGCCUGUGUUCUCCAGCUCCCAUUUCAUCACCAUAUCAAAAACAACCCACGUUUCUUUCUGAUGGUCAUCUCUGAUAAUGCUUCAUACUGCUUCUCUGCUCUAAAAGCUAAAAAUGCAGGUAGUUCAGUUCCACUUUCUUACAAAGCAGUUCAGUGGCUCUCCUACCAUGCCUUCAGCACUAAAUUGGCAAAUCACAGGGUGAUUUACAAGUGUCUUCUUGAACCUCUCAGACAGUGUAAAUUACAGUUGACUUGGCAAAUUCCUGAAACUACCAUGCAGCUGCUUAGUGAAGUAAUACAGCCAUCAGUAUGUGAAGAUUUCAAAGUCAUCUUGGAUUAGCUCUAUAAAGUAACAUUCUUCUUCAAGUUUGCCGUCCACUUGAAUUUUUGUUUUCUACCAAGGAGCUGGAAUGUGUAACAAAUCUGUUUGUUUUUUAAAGCUUUGCAUUCUAGUGAAACUUGCAGUGUGAACUGUAAAAUAUUUGCCCCAUCCUUUGGAAAGAGAGCUCAGAAUGCGUGUUCUUGAUAAAUAGUUCAAAGCAAAAACAUUGUAUGAUAUUAUAGCACAACUGUUUGGCCCAAAAGGAUGUAGGCUUAAUUUUGUGGAUUACUGAGAGAGUAAGACAA